AUGGAAAAUGAUGCAAACGUUGUUAAUAUUGAAGAAGAAGCCAAUGAAGCUGUACAUGAUGCAACUGCUGGUGUAGAACAAGCAAAUGCAGCCAACAAUGAAUCUGAAGCAUUCACUAGAAAGAAAAGAAAGCAAACUUCUAGGGCUUGGGAACAUUUUCGUGAGUUGAAGUUGAAGGUUCCACUUGGAAAAUCAGAUUCGGCAACGGUUCAAAACUUGAAGUUUGACAAUGCUAAAAUUAGGGAACUUAUUUCUCAUAUGAUUAUGAUUCACGAGUUUCCAUUCAACUUUGUUGAGUAUGACCUCUUUAAUGUGGUGAUGAAGGAAGCUAACCCAACAUUUACCAAGAUCUCUCGUACAACAGCUAAGCAAGAUUGUGUUUCUAGUUACCAAAUUGGAAGGAGAAGAAUUCAAAAACUAUUAAAGGCAGAUAACCGUGUUAGCAUCACAACUGAUAUGUGGACAUCAGUUCAGAAUAUUCAUUACAUGGUAGUGACAUGCCACUUUGUAGACUCGGAUUUUCAGCGACAUAAAUACAUAUUGAAUUUUGUUGAUAUAUCUCCACCAUACACCGGAGUUCAUAUAUAUGAUUGUCUCUUCAAGUGUUUGAAAGAGUGGAAUAUUGAGACAAAGGUAGCUUCUUUGACGGUUGACAAUGUUAGAACUAACGAUGUGGUGGCUAAAAAGUUUAUGGAAAACAUGAAUAUCCAAAACAAGCUUGCAAUUGAUGGACAAUUGUUUCAUGUGCAAUGUUGUGCGCAUAUUCUUAACUUAUUAGUGCAAGAUGCUUUAUUGGAAAUUAAAGACAUAAUUCAUAAUGUUCGUGAGAGUGUUAAACAUGUGAGUGCCUCUCUGGGUCGAUUACAUCAGUUUUCAGAGCUUUCUAAGCAAUUACUUAUGUCAAAGAAGCAUCUAAUCUUAGAUGUCAGUACUCGGUGGAAUGCCACAUAUGCCAUGUUGUCUACAGCACUGGAGUUUAAAAAUGUUUUUGUGAAUUAUGCUGAUCGAGAACCUACAUACAAUACUUUGCCCAUUGAUGAUGAUUGGAAAAAAGUUGAAGAUGUUUGUUCAUUCUUGGCACUUUUCAAUGCGGCAACAUAA